AUGGAGAGAGAGAGACAGCAGACCUCCAUCAAGGAGAGGGAGAGAGAGGUGCAGCGAGCGCUUGCGACCAGUCUGCGGGACAGGGACAAGGAGCGGCAGUACCACAAGCGGGACGAGGCUGUGCAGCAGGCCUCCAUCAAGGAGAGGGAGCGAGAGGUGCAGCGAGCCCUCGCCACGAGCUUACGGGACAGGGACAAGGAGCGCCAGUACCACAAGCGGGACGAGGCUGUGCAGAGGAGAGAUAGACAGCAGGCCUCCAUCAAGGAGAGGGAGAGAGAGGUGCAGCGAGCGCUUGCGACCAGUCUGCGGGACAGGGACAAGGAGCGGCAGUAUCACAAGCGGGACGAGGCUGUGCAGGCAGAGAGAACGAAAGAAGAGGACGCGGCCGCGAGAGAAAAGGAGGCGCGAGCUCAGGCCUCCAUCAAGGAGAGGGAGCGAGAGGUGCAGCGAGCGCUUGCGACCAGUCUGCGGGACAGGGACAAGGAGCGGCAGUAUCACAAGCGGGACGAGGCUGUGCAGCAUUUCAAUGCUCUGCUAGCAGACCUGGUCCGCAACCCGGACCUGUCGUGGCGGGAGGCGAAGAAACAGCUGCGUAAAGACCACCGGUACAGCCUCGCUGAACUGCUGACCAAGGAGGACAAGGAGCGCCUCUUCAGCCAGCACACAGCAGCGCUGGCGAGCAAGCGUCGCGACAAGCUACGCGCGCUACUCAACGAACUAAACGUGUCGUGCACGGCGCACUGGCGGGACGUCAAGACGCAGUUGCAGGAAAACCCUGCUGCACCGGUCUAUUCUGCCGCUUCACAGUGUAAGUUACGCGCGCUGCUCAACGAACUCUACGUGUCGUGCACGGCGCACUGGCGGGACGUCAAGACGCAACUGCAGGAGAAUCCCGCUGCGCCGGUAUAUUCUGCUGCUUCACAGAUGGAGCGAGAAUUCCGCGAUUACCAGCGCGACAAGCAAAGCGCGGCCAAGACGGCGCUCAGACAACUGUUACUUGAGACGCGCUCGCUCACGCACAAGUCGCACGCCGCCGUGCGCGAAGCAGGAUCUAUGCAGCACGUGCACGACGCGCUCAGGCACGACGCCAGUCCCAUAGUGGCCAAGACGGCGCUCAGACAACUUCUGCUUGAGACGCGCUCGCUCACGCACAAGUCGCACGCCGCCGUGCGCGAGGCGGGCUCCAUGCAGCACGUGCACGACGCGCUCAGGCACGACGCCAGCAUAGAAGCCAAGACGGCGCUCAGACAACUGCUACUCGAGACGCGUUCACUUACCCACAAGUCGCACGCCGCCGUGCGCGAGGCGGGCUCCAUGCAGCACGUGCACGACGCGCUCAGGCACGACGCCAGUAGCAUAGAAGCCAAGACGGCGCUCAGACAACUUCUACUGGAGACGCGUUCACUUACCCACAAGUCGCACGCGGCCGUGCGCGAAGCAGGAUCUAUGCAGCACGUGCACGACGCGCUCAGGCACGACGCCAGGUACACAGCGCUGGAGCACAUUCCGGACGAGCGGACCGCCAUGAUCACGAGCUACCUGGAGGAGCUGGAGAAGAAGGGCCCGCCGCCGCCGCCCACCGCCACCGAGCCCAGCCGCCGCGCCAAGCAGUGACGCGUAUAUCCACCCUGGAUAAUAAGCACCAAAAAGAAUCAGACUAGGGCCACCGCACGCGGCCGACUGACCGCCGCGACUAAUCGCACCACGACUUUGUCGCGCCAUAGCGUACGCAACUGUUGUCUACAUAGGCAAAUCUUUAGUUAGCAUUCUUACUAAUGUAGGAUGUUUGUAAUAAUUAGAUAUAGAAGGACUGUGUUAUAAAAUACUAGCUUUCCACCCGCGGCUUCGCCCGCGUGGAAUUUUGUCUGUCACAGAAAAACUUUAUCGCGCGCGUCCCUGUUUCAAAAACCGGGAUAAAAACUAUCCUAUGUCCUUUCUCGGGACUCAAACUAUCUCUAUGCCAAAUUUCUUCAAAAUCGGUUCAGUGACUUAGGCGUGAAAGCAAGACAGACAGAGUUACUUUCGCAUUU